AUUAAGUUACCAAAUGAAACUUUACAAUAACUAUUUUAAGUAUUGACAUACUACAUCUUUCAAAUCAUGAGCACCUAAAGACCCGGACACAUCAAUGAGAAAGGGACAAAAUUAAUCAACCGAAAAUUUCGAGAACAAAUAAAACGGAGAAUGCACAAUAAGUCAAAAGAGAUGUAUGUGAAGUAACAAUCAAAUGCCACGUUUUUCAUAUCCUCCAAAACACCACUAUAUUAUAGCAAACACUAGACUUUAACCCACACAUCAUCUUCCUUUUUGUGUUGAGAAAAUAUUGGCAGCAAAACAGAUCAACAAUCAUGAACACCAAGCAAGUACUUUUCGCAGGAACAAUCGCCUUGUUGUUGUCAACCAUCUUUGCUACCGAAUCACCAUCAGAAUCCCCGUCAGAUUCCCCAUCGGCGCCAGGCUGGUUCCAAAAUGGAGACGAUUCCUUUACAUUCGCAUCCGUUGUGGUCUUUAUCACCCCAAACUAUGACCCUGACGCAACUGCAGAAUCCGUGAAUAACAACCAAACCAUUCAGGACCUCUGUGCCAAGACUGACGACCCCACCCAAUGCCUCCAAUUCCUCGGGAACACGCCAGAGGCAGACCCUGCCUCCGUCAUACUCUCGGACAUCAAGAUCCUCAAGGCCCUUCUCAGCGAAGGCUCCUACAUUGCCGUCCAGGAAGGGUCCAAGGACCCUUCUGUGACCUCCGAAACCAAGAAGAGCCUCGACGUUUGCCUUGAGAAUUACGACAAAGCGAACAAGAGCUUGGAUUCAGCCUCGACGGCUUGUGCGGAAUGCGUCAAGGAUGAUAAUGGUGGUGAUAAGGCGAAGAAGUGCCCCAAGGAGACAGUUAAGAAGUUGACCGCCAUGCUUAGUGCCGUCGUCUCCAACUUUGGUUUCUGCGAUGAGGCCUUGAAUGCUGCAAGUGGGAAUGCUAAGUUGUGGGUUAUGGAUGCCAAUGAUGCCAUGGCCGACGCUGCCAAUGGAGUACUUGCAGUUGCAAAGACACUAGAUUCAUAAUGGAAUACGAUCAUCUCCAAGAACUCCAAGCUCAUCUCAUUGAAAUCUAUGCUUUAUUCAUUAAUAAUGUUUUUUUCUCUUCUUCUUUCAUAUGAAUGACAAUGUUUUCCUCGGUCGUGCUACUAGAUUACGAUUAUUUUGAACAUUUUUAUUACUUUUAGUAUCUACAUGUAAUAAGCUGGAAAACUGAAUAACAAAGCUACGAAAGUGAUUGGAAAUUAUGUACAUUCAUCUCGAUGACAUUAGUGUUGCCAAAAUCUCAGUGUUGCGGUUGUUUAGGAGUCCAGCUGUAUUGAACGAACGCCUUAAUUAACAUUCAGUGUCCCCUUUUUAUCAUAGUCGCAUAGUAAUAGGUAAGAGAUUACAACUCGUUAAAAAGUAAAUUUGGUAGUCAACCGAAUGUUGAGCUAUCGAUGAAAUAAUCAUUUAUGCCACUAAAUAGGCAACACAGUUAGUCGCUAAGAAUAAAGUGAUAUAAAGCAC